CGUCGCGAGGGGGACAGGCGGAGUCGGCGCGAGAGGCGUGGCGGCCGGCGCUGUCGCAGCCAGCCUGGGUGGGAGCCUCGGCAGCGUCGACAGUCUUGUCACGGACGAGGGGUCGCCUUCCUCGGUGCGGUCGCAGUCCAGGCAGGCCCCUGGUGCGACUGCCGGCAGCUCAAGCGGAAUCGCGCAAAGCAUGAACAACUCUUUGAUGAGCCGCGUCGCGGCGGCCAAGCAGAUGAUCGUGGGCCGCCAGGACAUGGGCAACGUCGGCACGAGCCUUCCGCUGCCGCUGCCUUCGCGCGAACAGACGGACGUCAGCCUGACGUCGACGAUCGCGCCCUUCGAUAACGAUACCAGCCAGGCGUGCCUGAAUACAGCUAAGACGUACGGCCCAGUUGGAUUCAACAUCUUCCAGUUGGACUUGCACGGCAACCCCGCGAAACGGGCCCGCGCGAAUCUCAACAAGCUGAACUCUCUGAUCGACGUGGUCUACCAGAACGGAUUCAAGGGCAAUUUCCCCUCGGCGUUCACGGCGACGGUCAGCAUCACGGACCCUGCCGUUCCCAUCGCGGAUAUGUUCGGCAGCUUGGUGGCCAUGCUGAAGCGCGCGCUGAUCACCUUCCCAGUCACCUUCAACGUCGUCGACGGAGGAAUGGACUCGUACUGGGCGGCCCAUGGGUUGCGCGAGAGCAUCGCCGGCAUGGGUGGCGCGGUCAAGCGCACGGCAACGCAGAGAUUCUUCGACGUCAUGGAGAGCAAGGAUGUGAUCGAGACCUCUGUCGGGCAUGAGGUGGGCGCGCAGAAAACGGCCAAGAUGUGGGCCGAGAAGGUAUCCAUGGCACCGAGCUCAGAGAAGAUUUCGGACACGUACGUGGACGCUUGCUUUACUGUGGGGGCCAGGCUCAUGAACAACCCCUAUACGCAGAAGAUCGCGGUGGAGGCCGACUCUACUGGGGUGACGCCUUUCGACAGCAUUUACAAGUACGAGGCAGUGGUGAAGAGGGCGCAAUCGAGUAGCCUGAUCCACUGGUGCACUGCUGGGCUGCUGGACCUGGUGACCUCCAAGAUGACAUCGGUGGGUGAAAUCAGCCUUCGCCAGCUGACUGGUCGGGGACUCCCAGGGGGGAAAGGACUGCUAGACCUGCUGAUUGCCAAGAACGAGCUCGGGCACUGCUUCAUCACGAAAUUUCGGGCGAUGGGUCUCAACGCAGGGGCGCUCCAACGGAUGGAGGCAUGGUCAGUCGGGCACGACGCGUGCCGCACCAUGGUCGGGUACAAGGCUGGCGAGAAGGACGUGUCCUGGCGCGCCGCUAUGAAGCAAUCCUCUAAGUUGGCCGUUUCCGUCUUCGAGGAGUGCCUUUUCAAGGUAGACUACGAUUUGCAGAUCAAGCAGCAGAAAAUCCAGGGCUCGCCGGUGGGGGAGAUUCUCGACAGGUCCCCGUUGAAGGAGAAGAUCGACGCCAUCUACACGGCCCUCGUGGCGGAGGGAGACGCUGUGCCGCAGGAUGACGCCACCGAAGUCACGAUGCAGGACCUCGUGGACUCCGACGAGGAGGAUGAGUUCACAGGGGACCCGAUCAAGAGCAAGCUGACGGAUCCCAAACUGCAGGAUGCGCUGAAACCCUUUUCGAACUUCGUGAAGAACAGAUACAGCCGAGUUGUGAAGCUCAUCGUGGACCCUGGCUCCCCUACAGGCGUGGCGGAAGCGCUUUCAACGUGGUGGAAGGGGCUCGAUAUGGAGCUUGGCAGCGACCAGAACGUCGUCGUCAUCUACGACACCAAGCUGUCUGGGCACCCGAAUGCUCGCGGGCAUCUCCGCAUUAAUCAUUUCAGGGACCAGCACUACGACCGCAUGAUCAAAGGAUCGCUGGCUGCCCUGUGUCGCGACGAUCAGCCGGACGAUGAGAUGCCCUGGAACGUAAUCUACAACAUCUUCGACGGCGGAGUUCACGGCAACGAGCUGAAGUUCGGCAAGGCCUUCCAGGGCAAGGAUGGGAAGGCGCUCAAGAAGGAUAAGCGCAUCCUCUUCCUGCAGACCACCGAGAAGUCCUUGAAGGAGACUAAGGGCAACUACUCUGGUGUCUACGGGCUCCCCACGAUGGAGUUCGUUUUCCAGUUCAGCAAGGGCUCCGAGAUCCCCGAGAAGAAGAAGCUGUACAGCGAGGGCACCAACAAAGACCCAGUGAUUGGAAAGUUCGACAAACCAACGAAGACCGAUACGCUCACGUGGACGGUCAAGCACAGCGAUAAGCCGAGCUUGUACGGUUCGGCGUGGAUCCUGGCCGGAGGGGCAGUCGCCGGUGACGAUGCCAAAGCCGACCCUGGGCCGAAGGGCAAGGACAUGGUGCCGUUCAACUACCAUGGCAUGAACCCGCACGUCUACGACGAGGUCACCAGCGGCGUGAACGGCGUGGCCAACAUCGACCUCACGGGCUGCAACGGGGUGUACGCGAUGCACUCGCUGAUCAAGGACGCGCCGUACUUCGGAGUGUGCUACGCCGAGGAGCAGAAGGUAUAG